AUGGCUACCCCAAGAAGGCUGAGCGUACUUGAAAAGUUAGCCAACACAUUUGGUGUGAUAUACCGAUAUCAAGCACGUGAGUUUCCACGUCGGAUCGGUAUACUAAAAGACGUUAUUCGUAAAGAGGUGGCGCCUCCAAGACCAGGUGACUGGCCUGCAAUUAAGAAGGAUUUCUUUGCUGUAGUCACUGCUUUAAAAACAGGAGUUUACACGAAUUACACUGUUCGAGAGUCUUUGGUAUAUAUGGCAGUCGGGAUGGAAAUUAUCUUCUGGUUCUUUUUUGGAGAGCAGGUUGGUAGACGACAUUUUAGUGGGUAUUUGGUCCGCCAUACUUACAUCGCCAAAGCAGAUAGGAAGAAGUUGCAACAUGGCGUUGUACCCGACAAGAAGGCUCUGUAG